GGGGGCCUCGGCGGGGGUGUUUUUAGGAACCAGAGAUUUUUAGGAGGCCACGUUGGGCUGCAGGGGUCUGCAUGGGGCCAGGCGGGCCUGCCCCUUGGGUCCCGGGCCUGGGCGUGUGAGCGACGCCGGGGCCCGGCCGCUGAAGGAGGCUGGGGGGAGCCCAGACUUGGAGGGUUCACUCCAGAGAGGGCUGGGCCCGGCCUGGCCGCGGAGUUGCUGUCGGGGGUUGCGGCCGUCUGUGCUCGGGAAGAGGCGGCUGUCCGUUCGUGGUUGAAGCAGGGUUUACUAUACUGAUAAACUAUGGAAGACUAUACCAAAAUAGAGAAAAUUGGAGAAGGUACCUAUGGAGUUGUAUAUAAGGGUAGACACAAAACUACAGGUCAAGUGGUGGCCAUGAAGAAAAUCAGACUAGAAAGUGAGGAGGAAGGGGUUCCCAGUACUGCAAUUCGGGAAAUUUCUCUUUUAAAAGAACUUCGUCAUCCAAAUAUAGUCAGUCUUCAGGAUGUGCUUAUGCAGGAUUCCAGGUUGUAUCUCAUCUUUGAAUUCCUUUCCAUGGAUCUCAAGAAAUACUUGGAUUCUAUCCCUCCUGGUCAGUUUAUGGAUUCUUCGCUUGUUAAGAGUUAUUUAUACCAAAUCCUGCAAGGGAUUGUGUUUUGUCACUCUAGAAGAGUUCUACACAGAGACUUAAAACCUCAAAAUCUUUUGAUUGAUGACAAAGGAACAAUUAAACUGGCUGAUUUUGGCCUUGCCAGAGCUUUUGGAAUACCUAUUAGAGUAUACACACAUGAGGUAGUAACACUCUGGUAUAGAUCUCCAGAAGUACUGCUGGGGUCAGCUCGCUACUCAACUCCAGUUGACAUUUGGAGCAUAGGUACCAUAUUUGCAGAAUUAGCAACUAAAAAACCACUUUUCCAUGGAGAUUCAGAAAUUGAUCAACUCUUCAGAAUUUUCAGAGCUUUGGGCACUCCCAAUAAUGAAGUGUGGCCAGAAGUGGAAUCUUUACAGGACUAUAAGAAUACAUUUCCCAAGUGGAAACCAGGAAGCCUGGCAUCCCAUGUCAAAAACUUGGAUGAAAAUGGCUUGGAUCUCCUUUCGAAAAUGUUAGUCUAUGAUCCUGCUAAACGAAUUUCUGGCAAGAUGGCACUGAAUCAUCCCUAUUUUAAUGAUUUGGACAAUCAGAUUAAGAAGAUGUAGCUAUGUGACAAAGAGUUUCUAUGUGUUGUUUGAACAAAUACUUUUACUGUUAACUCUAUUUUUUUGUGUAUUUUUCUUUGUUGUAAAACUUAAGCUAUACUUCAUCUUCAAAUUUCAAGUGUAACUUAAAAAUGUAAAUAUUGUUCUAUAUGAAUUUAAAUAUAAUCUGUAUAUGUUUAUAGAUCUCACUGUAGCAACUAUUCAUUACUAUAAUAAAACUAUAAAUCUA